UAAAUUAAAAAACUACCGCCAAAGUAAUUGCUAAUUUGCGCCAAAAUAAACCCUAAUCCAAUGAAGACUCCUAUUGAGUUACGUUAACUGCUCUGCUCUAUCAUAACUGCACUCGAUCGGACUCCUUCAGAGUUCUUCGAUCUCAAGAAAUACAUUAUAGCUUCUCUCCGCUGAUGCUUGGCGUGCUCAGAAAUCAAUUUUACAGUUGAAUCAAGCAGGCCACAAUUAGAAGAACUUUUACUCUAGGUUCCCAUGGAUCAAUUCUUUCCUUAGUACACUUUCAAAAACAACCUAUCCCAGGUACCGGCGCAGCUGCUACUGAAGAAGACGAUGAUGAUGUGCCUCAGCUAGUGGAAGGUCAAACCUUAGAAGAAGCCGCUGCAGUUGAGGAUCAUAAAUAAAACUUGGCUAGUUUUUGUGUGAUUCGAGAGUGAAGAGCAAUUUUAAUAGUGCUAGAGCUUCCUUCAAUCCAAGUAACAAAGGUAAGUCCACAUUUACUAUGCUUAACACUUUUUAUUGUUUACAAAUACUUAGUCACAGAAUGUCAUCUUAAACUUUAGUGUUUAUGUUUUGGUUGAAUUUUUAUUACAAUUUUCUAACUUCAUACAUGUAAAAGUGUCAGAUCUUGUUAUAAAAACACAUACCUUUUCUAUGGAUAGAGGUUGGAUACAAAAUCCAGACAAGAAUAGUGCUGAAUAUAAAUUAGGUAUUGCUGAAUUUGUUGAAGCUGCAAAGAAGCAUGUCAAUCAUCGAGGCCUUGCUAGGUGCCCAUGCACUAAGUGCAAUAAUUGUGGUUGGAUGACAUUAAGACAAAUUACAGUACACCUUAUAACUAAUGGUAUGUCUUACAGUUAUACUGUGUGGACUCAUAAUGGUGAACGAAUGGAAACAAGAUUAAGAUCUUCGAGUGCUAACUUGUUUGAUAACUCUAGUGUCAGUAAGGAUACAAAUAGCCAUAAUGAUGAAGUUAUGGAUAUUAUAAAUGAUCUAUAUCCGUAUGCCACACACCCUGGAUGCGAUAAAAAUGGUGCUGAACAAAGUAAUGCAUUCCAUGAUGCUGCUGCAGAGGAUCAAUAUCUUCCAGACAUUUUUAGUGAAGAGAUUGAGAAGUAUGAAAGGCUGUUGAAAGAAGCGCAAGAUGAACUUUACCCAGGUUGUAAGGAGUUUUCAGUUCUAACGUCAAUUGUGGAGUUGAUGCAAUUAAAAGUCAAAAACCUAAUGACUAACAAAUGUUUUGAUGAACUUAUGGGUAUUUUGAAGAGGAUGCUUCCUCUAGGGAAUAAGUUGCCUACUAGUCACCGUCAUGCUCAGAAAGUUCUGAAAAAUAUUGGACUUGGAUAUAUAAAAAUCCAUGCAUGUCCAUAUGAUUGUGUUUUGUUUUACAAAGAAAAUGAACAAUUAGAUGAGUGUCCUGUGUGUAAAGAGCCAAGAUAUGAGCUGAACUCAAAUGGUAAAAAAAAUCCCAAGAAGGUGUUACGUUAUUUCCCACUAAAACCGCGAUUACAACGGCUCUACAUGUCGCACCAUACGGCUGAUCAUAUGACAUGGCACAAAGAUGGAAGAGUUGAGGACGGUAUUAUGAGGCAUCCGGCAGAUACAAUAGCAUGGAAAGAGUUAGACAAAGCAUAUGCCGAUUUUGCGAAAGAGCCCAGAAAUGUUAGAUUAGGACUUGCAAGUGAUGGUUUUAACCCGUUUGGAGACAUCAGAACACCGUAUAGCAUGUGGCCAGUGAUGGUUGUUCCAUAUAACUUGCCUCCUUGGAUGUGCAUGAAGAAAGAAUAUACAAUGCUGACCUUAUUGAUUCUAGGUAAGCGAGAACCUGGUAAGGAAAUUGAUGUUUAUUUGCGCCCUCUAAUAGAGGAGUUGAAAGAAUUAUGGGAAACAGGUUUGCCAACAUACGAUAAGGUCUCAAACUCCAUUUUCAAUCUACAUGCUGCAGUGCUUUGGACGAUAAGUGAUCUUCCUGGUUAUGGGAAUUUAUCUGGAUGGAGCACCAAGGGUUAUAAUGCAUGUCCUAACUGUAAUGAUGAUGGGACUUCUAUGUGGUUUGGUGGCAAGGUUUGUUUUAUGGGACAUCGGCGUUGGCUACCUACAAAUCACGUGUGGCGUAAAAACAAGAAGUCUUUCGAUGGAAAACCAGAGUUUCGUGCAAAACCUAAGAAACUCUCAGGUGAGGAAAUUUUAUCACAAGUAGAGAGCUUAGAGUUUGGACAGAUAGGAAAACACCCAUGCAACCCUAACAAAAAGAGGAAGAGGACUCCUGAACAAAGAAACUGGACGAAAAAGAGCAUAUUUUUUGAGUUAGAGUAUUGGUCAAAGUUAAUUAUCAGACAUAAUUUAGACGUAAUGCACAUAGAGAAAAAUGUCUGUGAUAUAACUCUUGGCACAAUAUUAGACAUAGAGAGGAAAACUAAAGAUACAUUCAAAGCUCGCAAAGAUCUUCAAGCACUGGGAAUAAGAGAAUCAUUAUGGCUACAGAGGAAUGGGGACAAAUGGGUUAAAAAACACCCGUUUUUUGCCAUGAAGCCAAAUUCCAAGAUAGAGUUUCUGCAGUUUCUGAAAUCAGUGAGGUACCCAGAUGGAUAUGCUGCAAAUAUCUCAAAAAAUGUGGCAUUGGACACUGGAAAAAUCACAGGCUUGAAGAGUCAUGAUAAUCAUGUCUUACUUCAGAGAGUACUUCCUGUUGGUAUCCGAAAGUACCUACCCAAGGAAGUGGUUGACCCAAUUGUUCGGUUGUCCAGUUUUUUCCAGCAGUUGUGUUCAAAAACAAUAUGCACUGCGGAUAUUCAAAAGUUGCAAGAUGAGAUUGUUUACAUAUUGUGCAAAUUUGAACAAAUAUUCCCCCCAUCGUUUUUUGUUUCUAUGAUUCACUUAAUGGUGCAUUUACCGGAAGAAGCAAGACAAGGAGGUACCGUGACUGAACGGUGGAUGUACCCAAUAGAAAGGAUGCUCGGAAGAUACAAAAAAUUUGUGCGUAACAAAGCUCGACCUGAAGGAUCAAUUGCCGAAGCUUACGUCUCCCAAGAAUCUCUGAACUUUUGUGCAAUGUAUCUCCACAAAGUGGAGACACCAUUCAACAAGAGUGAACGAAACUUUGAUGGUGGUCCUAGGCACGAGAAACUUUCUGUUUUUGCACAACCUUCCCGCCCAAUAAUGAGUUGUUCAAGCAUUCCAUUUUCUAGUAGUGAUAUGGAGGUUGCUCAUUGGUUCAUACUGACCAAUUGUGAUGAGGUUAUUCCAUUCUUAGAGGAGCACAAGGCAAUGGUGAUGCUCGGAAAUGGUGUGAACAUAGAUAACAUACACAGAAAAUUAUUUCCAUCUUGGUUUCGUGAACGGGUUCGAAGAUUAGGAGAUGAAAAUUCCUCACUGUAUAAUGAGGAGCUAUUUGAGUUAGCAAGAGGGCCUCUACGAGCAGAAACAUAUCAAGGAUGCAUUGUAAAUGGAGUAAAGUUUGUAGUUUGGAAUAAAGGAGAAAUGUGAGUCAGAGCGUUAUGGGCUGCACAGAACUGAAGAAAACACUUUUAUAUCAUCAAGCGAUGAAGUUGAAAUAGAGGAUGAUGCAGGGGAAUUGCCAAGAACUGAGGUUGACAACCAUGGGCGAGGACCUUGUAAACAAAUAAAGACAUCUCGUCUCGUUCGUCUUAGUAAGCACAGAAUUGAAGUUCCGUACAACAAAGUUACCAGGAGGGCAACAAGUGCUGAGAUACAUAGCCUCCUCGUUCAUGAUGUUGGAGCUAUCAUUCGAUCACAUUGUCCCAUGAAUACAGGUUUUUGGGGGAAAAUUUCUCUCGAAAAUAGAACAGACCUUAUGGAUGAGAUCACGACAAAUUUCAAGAUAAACUUUGAAGAUCCAGAUGUUAAGGAAUACAUAAACAGGUUAUACAAUGGAAGGUACAGAGAAUUCAAGGCAGAACUGAGUAAGUAUUACAAGUCUUGUAAAACGCAUGCCAAUGCACUUGCUUCACCCCCUGAAGAGAUGGUCGAUAGAGAUGUUAAUGAAUGGGAAUGGUUAUGUAACCAUUUCAACUCAGAUAAAUUCAAGAAUUCGUCAUCCGCAAACACUAGUAACCGUUCUAAUAAGAAGGAUAAUCAUCAUACUGGUUCACGUCCUCUCUCAUACAUAGUAGAGGAUAUGCUUGCGGAUGGCUCAAAGUUCCCGGAAGUUGCUGCGUUUGAGUUAACAUAUGCAGGAAAAGACAAAUGUUGGACUAAUGAUGCAACAAAAGAACAACAUGAACAAAUGGUUGCCAAGGCUAAUGAAUAUCUCAUAGAGAAGGCAAAGGAAUAUAACCUUCCUGAAGACAAUCCUUUGAAUGAGAUACCUGUUGAUGAUCCUGAUAUUGGGCUUGAAAUUAUGAUGUCUGUUUUAGGUCCCACACCAGGUCGUCGAAUCCAUGGUCUUGGAGAUGGUCGCCUUCGAGAGACAAGGCCAACAUCCGAAAAAGUGAAACACUUGGAAAGUGAAUUGGAGGUAGAACGAGCAGCACGAAAGGCUGCUGAUGCUGCUCGUAGAGAGGCAGAAGAGAGGAUGCAAAUCACAUUGAAGAAUGUAGGGAAUAAAUUCAAAUUGUUGUGUGAUAGGUAUGUGUUAGAACUCAAAUUGUAAUAUUUCAUUUUGAGGUGAUUUGGAGACUUGGGGUUAGUGAAUUUAAUUAUGCAUUGGUUUAAAUAUGUGUUGCUCAUAUGAUCUUUCCCUACACAAAUCAUAAAAAGUUAUUAGUGAAAAUUUUGAAUUUGUUCA